AUGACGAGCUCCUCCUCUCCUUCCCGAAAGGCGCUGAGCAAGAUCGCUUGCAAUCGGCUGCAGAAGGAGCUCGCCGAGUGGCAGCUCAACCCCCCCGCCGGGUUCAAGCACAAGGUCUCCGAUAACCUCCAAAGGUGGGUAAUUGAGGUCACCGGAGCGGCGGGCACUCUUUACGCCGGCGAGACGUACCAGUUGCAGGUUGACUUUCCUGAGCAUUACCCUAUGGAGGCACCUCAGAUUUGUGAGUUGUGA